AUGGCCAGCAGAAGUCAACCCCUCAAGUCGAUUUUGACUUCGACGCGAAAUGCGACCAAGUCUGCCAGUACUCGGGCGUGCCGGCGCCAACUACAGGCGCGCUGCCUGCACACGACGACACCGCGGCGGACUGAUGGAGUGUUUAGAGGCUUGACGGACGGCCGAUUACCUACACCAUGGAUUGAGGCAUGGAGGAUGCAAAAGGAGGGAAAGAACACGGCCUCCUCGGAAGCAAAGCCGCAAGAGCGCGACAUGACGCCCAAAAACAUGAGCGAUAGUUACCACCGAGUAGUGCUGCCGCUGGGUCAAGAUCCGUGGCUCUCGGAUACAUAUAUCAACUCUUCGGGGCACAUUAGACUCGGUACCGUCUUCAUGGAUCUAGACGCCCUGUCUGGCAUCAUUGUUUAUAAGCAUACCGGACCUGGUGUUACUACAGUUACAGCGGCCUUGGACCGAAUCACGAUAGCUCACCCCUUGACCGAAAUAUGCGAUCUCGAAUACAGCGGACAGGUAACAUAUGCAUCGGGAAGAAGCAGCGUGGAAAUCACAUGCAAGGUGGCUCGCGCGAGGCCAGAAGGAGAACCGAGCCGACCGGAAGACGUCUUGCUCACAUGCACAUUCACCAUGGUGGCAUUGGACCCUGAGACGAAGAAGCCGGUCAACAUACCUGCUCUGGAAUACACAACACCAGAAGAAGAACAGAUCUACAAGGCGGGAGAGGCAAAAUCGCUAGCCAAGAAGAACAACCGAAAGAUCUCUCUGUUGGCAACUGAGCCGGAUGAUCCCGAGUCGGCCUUGAUACACAAGAUCUGGCUAAAGCAGCUUCAAUACCACGACCCAAAUGACGAGCUGCGCCAACCCGCCAAUGUUGUUGCCAUGUCCAAGACGCAGCUCUCGACUGCGCAAAUCAUGCAGCCCCAGUAUAGAAACCGCCACCAGACCAUGAUCUUUGGAGGCUUCCAUUUGAAGCAGACAUUCGAGCUGGCAUUCUGCUGCGCUGCCAGUUUCGCACAUGCGCGGCCUACCUUUAUCAGUGCCGAUCCAUGCACUUUCAGAAACCCGGUCCCAGUCGGCAGUGUGCUCUACUUGACGGCCACGGUCGCGUACACGGACCCUCCCCUGCUGGAAGAGGACGGCAGCGAGCCCAGCCAACAAGACCCAGAGAAACCCAUGACGAGAGUGCACGUCCGCGUCGACAGCAAAGUGCGAGACGUGGAGCACGGCAACGCGCGGCCGACAGGCCAGUUCAACUACACCUUUGCCGUGCCCAAGGACGUCAAGGUAAUGCCGCGAACGUACCAAGAAAUGAUGAUGUACGUGGAUGCGCGCAGACGUGUCCGGUUGGGUGAUGUUCAGCACCUCCAAGAGCAGACGGGCUCGUACAAGGAGCAGAAGCAGCUGGCAGAGGAUACGAAUUUGACAGAGUAG